UCUGGAGGAAAUUCAGCCAAUGGGUGAGCUGUACAGAAUCGAAACCUUCUUUGAUUGCGCCGAAGAGAUUGGAAUCUUUGGCGCCUUUGUGUUAGUGGAGGGCGGUAGAUAGACGGGUAAAUUGACCAAUGAGAAGGUGGGUAGGCGGACCCAGAGCGUGUGGGCGGGGGGAGGUUCUGACUGGCAAGCUGUUCGCCCAAUGAAAGGCAGGGUCGCCGGUGCGUGCCCGGCGAGGCUGUGGAGGCCGGUGUGUCUAGAAGCUGUGUGAGAGAGAUGGCGGAACCCGGGAGGAGACGGGGUCCGAGGUCCCGCGGUGGCGGCGCCGGCCGAGGCUCUCGAAGAGCCCGGGUCGCCCGUGGCCGGCGUCCUCGCGCCCCGCAGUCUCUGUCCCGGCUCAUUCCAGACACGGUGCUUGUGGACUUGGUCAGUGACAGCGACGAGGAGAUCCUGGAAGUCGUCGCGGACCCGGUAGAAGCGCCCGCCGCCCGGGCCCCCGCGCCGGCCGCACAUGGGCAGGACAGCGACAGCGACAGUGCAGGGGCGGACGAGGGGCCUGCAGGAGCCCCUCAGACCUUGGUCCGGCGGCGGCGCCGGCGGCUGCUGGAUCCCGGCGAGGCACCGGUGGUUCCUGUGUACUCCGGGAAGGUACAAAGCAGCCUCAACCUCAUCCCAGAUAAUUCAUCCCUCUUGAAACUUUGCCCCUCAGAGCCUGAAGAUGAGGCAGAUGUGACAGAUUGUGGCAGUCCUCCUCCUGAGGAUGCCCUAAUUCCAGGUUCUCCCUGGAAGAAGAAGCUGAGGAAUAAGCAUGAAAAAGAAGAGAUGAAGAUGGAAGAGUUUCCGGACCAGGACAUCUCUCCUUUGCCCCGACCUUCAUCAAGAAACAAAAGCAGAAAGCAUACCGAGGCACUCCAGAAGUUGAGGGAAGUGAACAAGCGCCUCCAAGAUCUCCGAUCCUGCCUGAGCCCCAAGCAGCACCAGAGUCCAGCCCUUCAGAACCCAGAUGAUGAGGUGGUCCUCGUGGACGGGCCUGCCUUGUCACAGAGCCCGAGACUCUUCACCCUCAAGAUCCGGUGCCGGGCUGACCUAGUCAGAUUGCCCGUCAUGACAUCGGAACCCCUUCAGAAUGUGGUGGAUUACAUGGCCAAUCAUCUUGGGGUGUCUCCAAGCAGGAUUCUUUUACUCUUUGGAGAGACAGAACUGUCCCCUACUGCCACCCCUAGGACCCUAAAGCUUGGUGUGGCUGACAUCAUUGAUUGUGUGGUGCUGACAAGUUCUUCAGAGGCCACAGAGACAACCCAGCAGCUCUGCCUCCGGGUGCAGGGGAAGGAGAAGCACCAGAUGUUGGAGAUCUCACUCUCUCCUGACUCGCCUCUUGAGGUCCUCAUGGCGCACUAUGAGGAGGCCAUGGGACUCUCCGGACACAAGCUCUCCUUCUUCUUCGAUGGGACAAAGCUGUCGGGCAAGGAACUGCCAGCUGAUCUGGGCAUGGAAUCCGGGGAUCUCAUUGAAGUUUGGGGCUGAAGCUUCCUCCUCCUGUUUGGAUGCAGAGCCAAGACUUGGGGACAACAGCUCCCACUUUUAUUAUUAUUUUUUGCCCCAUAAGGGCUAACAGAAACCGAAUUAGAACUCGUUUAUUUAUUUCCGGCACUGGGGAUUGAACCCUGGGCUGUGCAUAUGCUAAGGAUGUGUGAAGUUGAGGUAAAACCAAGGCAUGACCUUUGCCCUGUCUCGUUGACCGAUUGGUAGUUGUGUGACUGUGGCUGCCCUGGGUGGCCUGUGGCUGUGUGUGUUGGUGCUGUGGACAGCAGCUCCUGGGGCAUGGAGAAGGGGUAUUGGCUUCCCUACCAUUUCGUUCAGUAGUGCACAAAUGAGCCUUGCAUUUGGGUGCCCAGGCUUGUGAUUUAUGCCACAUUGGGGACCAACAGGGAUUUUAAUUCUCAUUUGGGGGCUGAGAUGCAGGUACCUUCCCUGGUGGGGAUAGUCGGUUGCAGGGAAAUAAACAAGCAAUGACAUCUAUGCUGAAGCUGAGGACUAGGUAGACAGUGGGUAAUUUUUAAAGGCUAACAGGAGUGGUGUCUUCAGCCCUGGGCAUCCACUCUCCCAGGACUCGGCCAGCAUCUGGUACAUACUUCCUGGCAUGCACAUCUAGCCACAUCUGAGCACAUGCAGCUGUUGAGUUUGAUGUUUACUCUAGUUCCGUCCUCCCGCCCUCUCCUGUCAGCACCCACUUGGUAUAUUUGUAUCUGAAUGUCUUUAUAAGAUGAUUUUCUGAAUGUGUGUGAUUUUAGUGUAUGUACAUGGUACUGUGCAAUAGACAUUCUGUCUUCACUCAGUGUGAGUGACAGGCUAGCCAUGUUAGCACCUUCUAGAUCUGUUGUUGUUCCGAUCUGCUGUGGCUGCCCCAUAGUGGCAUUAGAUGAUAUUACUCACACAUUGCCUUAAUUGGAGGGAUACCUGAGUCGCCAGCUCCUAGGAACCAAAUUCCAGACCACAGCAAACAUCUUUUUGUGUGUUCCCUUCUGGGCCAGGGUAGGUAAUUGUCUGGCAUACUUGCCCAGGAUGGGACUAUGGGUUACGCAGGUUCAUUUUUCUGGUUUUUCUAGAGUUUUCUUCAGAAUGUGGACUGCUUUUCUUGGAGCUUCUAUUUCCUUAUCUUGACCAGUAUUUAGUGUUGUACUUUCUGAUUUGCCAGUCUACUGUGUAUAAAGCACUGCAUAUCUUAAUAUCCUUUAUCUGACCACCAUUUCUUAUCAAUGUCCACCUUCUGGUUUUUCUUUGUUAGCUGCUUGUUUUCUUGUGAGGCUUCCUUUUGUGUGUUUUUUCUGUGAGGAGUUGCUUGUGUUCUAGGCAAUUGCAAAUAACCUUCAGAAUAGCACUUUGUGUACCCAGGGGGAUUUUCACCAAACAGACAUUCUUAACUUUAAUGCAGACAGCUGGCUUUUGUUAGAAAGGGUUUUUUGUUUUGUGUUUUUUUUUUUUUUGCUUUUGUUUUUGCUUUUUAAGGGAAAAUGAGAAAGAACUUCCAGAAUGGCAGGGGUUCUAGCGGGGAGUCUCAGGAUUGCUACUUUUGGAUCUCUAAACUAGUUAAGAAACUUUCAUUGUCUUCUGUUAGCUUGCUAGUUUUUUGUUCUUUUGUUUUUAUCUCUCAUAUUGAGACCACUAAAUGAGAAUAGAGUUCUAACUGAUCUGCUGUGGUGUGGAUACUGACUGUUCUGAACUUUCCACUCUGCUUCUCACUGGUUACAGCUAGACUGUACUGGUUCCUGACUAUUGUAUGUUACGUCUAAACCAUCUGAAAUGCACCUUUGUGUGGGAGAGCAAAUUUUAUUGUGUUUUAAUUAUAAUGAGCCAGUUUUCUAAGCUUUGUCUACUAAAAAAUUAAUAUGUAGUCUGACUUUCACAAGAAGUAUGUCAACUUCUUAAAAAUUUUUUUUGUGAGAAUAUGUUAUACCUUUGAAUUUUAAUAUUUAAAAAUUCCAUGACAUAGUAUAGCUUCCAGGUUUCUCAGCUCUUGUAUGACAAUUAAUGAAUCUGAACACAUUACUAUUAUGUAUUCAAUCUCAGCCAAUAAAGGGAGAUGCCUUUAACUUAGGAACACCUGA